UUCUCUCUUUCUCUGUCUCUCUGUGUCUCUAUCUCUCUCUACUCCUCUGUUCUUUCUCUAGAUCCUCCCCAGGACAAUGGAGGUUCAGAAGUUCUGACGUAUCUGCUGGAGAUCUCAGAAGGCAGCUCUGACGCGGGCCAGUGGGAGGUGGCGUACAGCGGCCCCGCUACAGAGUGUGUGUGUGAAGAACUGACGCCUGGCACAGUUUACCGCCUGCGAGUGUGUAGCAUCAGCACCGGUGGACACAGCCAGUGUUCCUUCAGCAUUCCGGUUCGGACUUUGAGCGUCGUCCCCGAACCCUGCCAACCGCCCAGGAUCGUGGGUAAAGCCAAACACAAGGAAGUACAGUUAGAAUGGGACGCACUGACAUCAGAAGGUGUGUGUGAGGAGUGUGUGUUCAGUCUGGAGAUGACAUCAUCAGAGGACGACGCUGAGUCCAGUGAGAUAUACAAUGGGACAGAGCUGCAGUGCAGUGUGGGUAGCCUGCUGCCGGGGGCAACCUACAACUUCAGACUGAGGGCUGCCAACGAGGCUGGGUUCGGAGAGUACUCUGAGGCAGUGGAGGUGACGACAGCAGCGGGUCCUCCAGGCCAGUGUGUGGCGCCACUCAUCACUCUGAACAACACCACCUGUCUAACAGUCAGCUGGGAGAGUCCUGAAGGAUCAGGCUCUGACAUCUCAGAGUAUCGCCUGGACUGGUCCAGGGAGGAGGAGCCUAUGGAGCUGAUCUACUGUGGACCAGAGACCCAGUGUGAAGUAUCAGACCUGACCCCCGCAACACACUACUGCUGUAGACUACAGGCGGUGAACCAAGCGGGGGCGGGGCCUUACAGUGAACAGAUGACCUUCCAGACUCCAGCGACUAAUCCCGACGCAGUCUCUUCUUUCUUCCUGCUUGACCAGCUCCAAUCAGAUCAGUCCCCCUCCACCUGCCUCUUCCUGAAGUGGGAGGAGCCUAACUUUAAUGGGGCAGAUAUAACAUCUUAUAUCAUCAGUCUGGACGAUCAACUCAUUACCGUGGAAACAGGAACCAGUCACCUGAUCACUGACCUUCAGCCAGACAGCCAGUACAGUGUGCGGAUCCAAGCGGUGAAUGUGAUUGGCUGUGGCCCGUUGAGCCCACCUCUGGUGGCUAGGACACGCCCCCUCCCUCCGGCCCCUCCUCAUUUGGAAUGUUCGGCUGCCGGCCCCCAGAGUCUGAAACUCAAAUGGGGGGAGAACGCUACACACACCCGUGCCCUGCUCUCCAAUGACAUGUUCUACACACUACAGAUGGAAGAUAAGAACCACAGGUUUGUGUGUAUCUACAGAGGUCCCAGUCAUACUUACAAGGUGCAGCGCCUGACCGAGUCCACCAGUUACCGGUUCAGGAUCCAGGCAUGUAGUGACGCAGGGGAGGGACCGUUCUCAGACACACAUACCUUCUCUACCACCAAGACUGUACCCUCUGCACUCAAAGCUCCCAGAGUGCAACAGCUGGAAGGGAAUGUGUGUGAGGUCACCUGGGAGACCAUUCCACCAAUGAGAGGUGACCGUGUCAACUACAUCCUGCAGGUGCUGGUUGGACGAGAGUCAGAGUACAAACAGGUGUUUAAGGGAGAAGAGAGUGCCUUCCAAAUCACCGGGCUCCAAGGCAACACCGACUACCGUUUCCGUGUGUGCGCCUGCCGCCGUUGCCAGGAUACCAACCAGGAACUCUGUGGCCCUCAAAGCCCCUCCUCCCCGUUCACCCUGCGUCGUCAGGAGCAACCGUGCCUGGGGGAGACCAGCGCCGUGGAGACGGUGAAAGGGGUGGGGAUAAUAUCCAGUGAUGAGCGCUUUGCGGCGGUCGUGGUGUGUGUGUUCGCCGGUGUCUCCAUCCUCAUGGCCUGUCUGCUGCAAUACUUCUUCAUGAAGUGAGGGAAUGAAUCGGCAACAGGAUAGAAAAGAGAAAAGAAAACGAUAGCGAAAGAAAAUGAGCAUCUGCGAAAGAAAGGAAAGAAAACAAACACUUGAGAAUCAAGUGCAGGAUAGAAAGAGAAAAAAACCGAGAGAGGAAACAGACUUCAAACGAAACAGACCUGAGCUGUACUUCAGUUAUUCUACCGCGACGUUGUAGUCCACGUAUCUCUUUCUUUCUCUCUCUCCCCUCUCUCCUUUCUCUCUUUCCCUCUCUCUCGCUCGCUCGCUCGCUCUCUCUGUUUCUCUUGUCAUUGUUAGUUUGGUCUCUCUAUCUUAUGUAAUGGAUGUAUUUUGGAGGGAAGCUGUUCGUGGCCAGAACAAACAAACUGAUAAGCAUUAGCCAGCCAGGAGCCCAGCAAGCUCCUCAAUGACCCGCAUGACAUUAUUUUGUAUCUUUUUAAACCUAAUAGACAAAGUGUGCUUUUCUUUAUAUUUCUUUACAGUCAAUUCCUUACUUUACUGUGUCUGUGUCCUAUUUGCGCUGUUCGCUGCAGUCUUUUGUAGUUUCUUUCCGUUGUGCCAUUUUGAAAUGUAGUUCUCAAGCUUUAGCCAUGUAUUCAUCAAUAUCUGUUACCUUGUCUAUUAUAGGCCAAAUCAUGCAAUCUUGAUGCACAGAUGCACACACAGACACAUAGACACAGACACACAGAAACACAUGCAGAUGCACAGCGAGACAAACACACACACACACACACACACGCACAGAGAGACAGAAACACACACACUCACUCAGAUGCCUUCUCUUCUGUCUUCUUUAUUCAGCUACCAAAGCGAUGCCAUUGUUAAAAAAUGCUGCUAUCCUGUUUCGUUAUAUCUGAGAAAGAAUGGAUUUAGUUACCUAAUAUAUACAAUCUAUAUCAAAUAUAUCUAAGAUAGAUCUACCUAUCUAUAUUUGUAGGGGGCGAUGCUAUGAUGUAAUAUAAGAAGUGUAGAGGUCUGAAUGACAGAGAGAAAGAGGAGGGAUCCAGGUAGAUGGUGCCUUUUAAGCACAGAUCUAGGACCAGCUUUCUCUCCCCUGAAGCUAACCUAAACCCUUAGGAGUGGGAAAUGCAAAGCUGACUUUAGAUCAGUUUAGGGCAAGGGUGUAAAACCAGGCUCCUGGAGGGCCACACACCUGGCCAUAUCUAGCCAAUCAGCAACAACAGUUGAUCAAUUUAGUUUGAGGUUGAUAAAAACAUGAUGGCACUUUGACCUGUGAGAACUGGACCUGACACCCCUGGUCUAGGGAUAACCUGGUAUAUUCCACUGGGAGUGGUUUAGUGAAUUAUAAUAUGUAUUCUAGGUGCUCACCUGCAGAUCUGAGGUCAGUUCAGUAGCCAGUCCCCGCUGUCGAAUGUAGAGGUUACUGAAGUAACCUUUUAUCCGCCCCCACUCAACCCCCCUAUUCAAC